AUGGUAGGUCUAAUUGUAUACAUUCCUGUAAAGUCCUGUAGUAUGAUAGAAGCGCUUGUGGGUCAGAAGUCCGCUGCUUGCCGAGGCGUUGUUUUCACUUCAAAGAAGCGAAUCGGACGGCGCCAACCAAGUGCCAAAGGCGCUCGGUCAAAGGUGCUCCACGGCCAAAGUGCUGUGGAGGAGGCGAGUUUGCAUCCUGUUUUGGUUGCCAUGCGACAUGCCGCCCUUGUCCUGGUCGCAAUAGCCUUUUUGAGUGUGCACAGUCAGCGCUUGUACCACACGGAUGGUGCUUGGGCUGCUUUGAUCGAUGGAGCUGUGACCACCUGGGGUGACCCAGAGCGUGGUGGUGUUUCGCUUGGCGACACCGGUGUCCUCGACGACGUGGUCGACCUCGUCGCGACGUCUAGUGCCUUCGUCGCCUUGAAGAGCGAUGGAUCACUCGUGUCCUGGGGCCGUGCCGACGAAGGAGGCACCGUGCCGAACAGAGGAGACGGUCCGACACCAGCCGACACCGAAGAGAGUGUGGUGAAGGUGGUGGCCUCCGCCCACGCGCUGUGUGCCUUGCAGGCGGAUGGAUGCGUGAUCUUCUGGGGGCGUUUUGGAGAAGUCUCUGCGGAUGCAGUUUGGAAGAACUCUUCACAAAGUUGUGGAGUUCGUGACAUUUUUGCUUCCACCGAAGCCUUUGCUGUGUUGAAAUACGAUGGUGCUGUGAUCACCUGGGACGAAGAAGGUGAGCACCUACAGCACGUGGCUGUCUCACCUGACAGCGAAGGUCUUGGGGAAGCCCCUUCCGUGUCGAAUCCGGUCAUUGACAUGGUUGGAGGCUUUCAUUCCUUUGCGGCCCUGAAAAGUGAUGGAACCGUGAUAACGUUCGGGCACCAAGAGUACGGUGGAGAUUCGAGCUCUGUACAAAAAGAUCUGAGGGAUGUGUUGAGGAUUGAGGAUCGGGGGAUCUUUCAUCGUGGCUUUGUUGCAUGGAAGGCCAAUUCCACGGCUGUGAUUUGGGGACACGAAAAGUCAGGGGUCCCGCUGUCUUCCCAAGUCAUCACUGGCGUGCGACAAGUGGAACUGAGGCACUGGGCCGGUGCAGUCUUAAAGACUGACGGCACGGCCUUCGCCUUUGGCAACGCACUCUGGGCCUUCGGCGACGUGGGCGAGGCCCAAGGACGCUUGCAAAAUCUACGGCAGAUCCUUUGCCCCAGAUACGCCUGUGCAGCACUGCGAGAGGACGGCUCAGUGGUGACUUGGGGCCAAAAGGCCUUUGGUGGGUCUGGUGGACCUGGUGUGCAGAACGUCUCGGAGCUCUUUGGCACCCCGUAUUCCUUUGUGGCGCUUCUUCGCGAUCCAAGGCACGGAUCUUCCUCGGAAGGCCUUCAUGCGAUCGCUUGGGGUCACAGUCACUAUGGUGGAGAUCUCAACUUUCCAGAGCGACUGCCGCGAGCGCUGCACAAUGUCAAGACCAUCCACAGCCAUUGUGAUGGCCUCAACAAUGGUGUUUUCAUUGCAGAACGCAAUGACCAUGAUGGACUGCAAUUCCAAGCUUGGGGAGAUCCCAGGUAUGGUGCUUCAUUGCCAUCGUUCAACACCGCCACCAGUCGACUCCUCUUUGGGCCGCCGAAUUUCACCAGUACCACCCGAAGUCGCAGCAGCACCACCCGAAGUCGCAGCAGUACCACCCGAACUAGUCGGUCAUCCACAACCACCACGAGUAGCGCAACCACCACCACUGCCACCACCACCACUGCCACCACCACCACUUCCACCACCGCUACUGCAACCACCAAUACUGCAACUACAACAACAUUAACCACGGGCACUGGGACGUCAACAACCACUAGUAUCUUGACGCCUACGUGA